AUGCUGAAGAAGCUUUAUUAUUUAGAUUCUGAAGAAUCCUAUAUGCUGUAUAAGUGGAUUGGUGAAACUGGUGCUGAACAUUAUGUUAAAAUAGUCUAUAAUAGUAUUGAAUAUAGUGACAUGCAACUUAUUUGUGAAGCAUAUCAUUUAAUGAAAGAAGGACUUUACUUUGACUAG